UUCGUUUCUUCACAUCCAAUUCACUCACACGCAUACAUUAUCGCUCUGUUUCUAUUUGUAUAGAUUACAGAUUACACGGCUCGAUGAUCGAUGAUCUAUACGGUUCGAAUCAGAACGUUUAAUUGCUCGGUAGCUACGAUCCAGUGCGCACGUACUUGUUCGGUGGUGAUCAAACCAGUGAUCUUAUAACAGUGAUUCUUUAUAGUUUUCCCGGGGCAAGUAGAAGUGCAUAAUCAAUUCAAUUAUUACGAAUUCGUUCGAGUGCCGUUUGCAAUUGAAUGUCAGUGCCUGAACUGCGAAUAACGUCCCUUGUGCAGUGAAAAUCCAUUCUAGAUCAAUAAACCGACCGCCAUUAAUCGGUGCAUAAUGUGCAGUGCAUAGGAAACAAUUGAACAGGCCAUUUCUCAUCCCUUGGAACGGAAGUGUGGGUCGUGAAUGAAAAUUACCAUGCAAAAAGACAUCUUUAUUCUAGCGCUCAUCCUGGGGUGCUGUGCAAUUGCCGCUGGCAAAACACAGCACGAGCUUGAUAACGAUGAACUGUGGGAUCGCUUGCUGAAACGAAAACUACAUGAAACCAAAACAAACGUCCACAGUGAAGGCACCGCUGAUGGCUUCAUCGAACCACCAAUGGCACUGCGCGGAGAUCAGCCUCCACCGGACGACGACGACGACGACGAUGGGGCUGCUGCCGAUGGCGGCAGUUUGAUCAGUAGUAUCAGCUACAACCACGCUGACAGUGAGCUCAUUGAUGCUGAGAGUGCGGAACUGGCUGAUAACCAGGAUCAAUUGCUCACGCCCGCUGGAAGUACACCGACAAAGGUCGACUUCCCAUCGGCAGACACUCCCCGUGCCGGUGAUAGUGGUCAUUGGGUGGACGAUCCGGAUGACGUCGAAAUUCCCGCCGCAAUCGAUCCAGACCUCGUCAACGGUGAUGACGUAGUGGACGGAAGUGGUGAGGAUUUGCUCCCGCAGGCUGAUGACCCAUUGCUGUUUGAUAAGGAAAUUGUGAGCAUACUGCGAAAGCGUCCCGAGUCACGUGAGAUUCUGGAACUGUUUGGGCUGGGGGCUUUAAAGUCCCCAACGAACGACACAGAUUCGAACGAUCCAGAAGCGAUCAAGGAACGGAUACGGAAUAGUAUAACGCUUCCCCUGGACAAAAGGAAAUACUUUAAAGCGCUUCCGGCGAUCGCCGAAGUUGAAGAACGCAUUCGUGCUUCGGAACCGGCAUCCCUUCUAGCGGAUGGGCGUACUUUACCCCAUCUUUCGAAUGUCCUGCUGCCCGAUCUAAACCAAACGCUCGUCAAGCAUCGCGAAUCCUUACUGCCACCGAAGGAUGGACAGCGAAGUUUGGUGAUCGUGUUCGACGCUACUGGAUCGAUGCUGGAUGAUCUGCAGCAGCUGCGGGAUGCCGCUAGACUAAUCAUAGCCGAAAUCACGCAACGGGACACUAAUCCUAUCUUCAACUAUAUCUUCGUACCGUUCCGUGAUCCGCACGUUGGCCCCCGGCUGGUAACACGCAACAAGGACGAGCUGCUGGACGCGCUCGAUAAGCUACAGAUCAUCGGUGGAGGCGAUUGUCCCGAGGCAGCACUGGAAGCGAUCUCCAGUGCGAUCGAAGCGGCCAUGCCGAACUCCUUCGUGUACGUGUUUACCGACGCCACAGCGAAAGACUUCCGGCUCGAUCAGCGCGUAUUACAGCUUGUCCAGAAGAAGCAAACACCGAUCACGUUCCUGCUGACCGGAUUCUGCGACGGUAAAGCUAGCCCAGGCUAUCAGGUGAUGAACAACAUUGCUUCCGCCAGUAACGGGCAGGUGUUCGAUCUGCGCAAGGAUCAGAUCGAGGAAGUGCUGCUCGCGAUUCGCAGCACCAUGGACAUCGAUCACGUGCCACUGAAAGCGAUCGAAUCCGCGCUCCCGAAGCACCACGACAUCGAUCUCAACGUGGACAGUACGCUGCGUGAGUUCAGUGUGAGUGUUGCGGGCGUAAAGCCAACGAUCGAGAUUCUCGACCCCCAGCACGCACCGUACAACGGAACGCGGGAUGUGCUGAAUCUGGAAAACAUACGCGUGGUCAAUGUGGCCGACCCAAGUCCUGGGAGGUGGAACAUUAAGGCGGGCUCCAAUUCUUCCCACUCCGUGCUGCUGUCCGGGUUGAGUGAGGUGUUGUUUAAGUUCGGCUUUUCUCUGCUCGAACCUCAAGAUACGGUGAGUCUGUCGCACCAGCCAGUUCUGAAGAAGACAAACUAUCUAGCCAUCGAACCGACAGACCCCCAGCUCAUCAAGACACUCGAUUCCGUUACGAUUGUGUCGCACAAUGUUGGAGCACCGGGUGGAGCAAGGUUUAAUUUUACACUUCCUCUGAAGCUGGUGCCUGGAACAUCGGCACUCUACCGUACCGAAGCAUUCGAUGUGCCACGCCAACAGUUUAAGAUGACCAUCAAUGGGAAGAAUGCUAACGAGGAAACGCUUCAGCGGCUGCUUUCGACGGCAAUGCAAGCGAUCGAGCAGACGCCUCCCGAAGUCACCGUUGGCUAUGCUCAAGCGCUGGAGUUGAUCGAGGGCGACUCGUUUAUGCUGGACUGCCGGAUUGAGUCCCCGUUCCCUGUGCUAGGAUCGUGGACGCAGGGCAAUAAGCAGUUGAUUGAGAGACAGCUUGAACAAUCAAAUGUAUUAUCCCUGAGGCUGGUAAACGUGUCCACUGCAGAUGCUGGUAACUACACUUGCUUUGUUAAAAACAGUAUCGGUGAGGACAAAAAGACGAUCUUCGUUCGAGUUACUCCACUGCAAAAGCCCAAGUUACGUCUACUGCCCAAGCACACUAUUGCCAUGGAAGGGGAACCGUUCAUAGCGCUCCGAUGUAUUCUCGAGCAAACUCCAGAUAAUACGGUCAAAAUUCAUUGGACACACAACUCGGAACCUCUGACGCUGGCUAGCGGAAAAUCGUAUCUAGAGCUUAUAGACAUCGACAAGAGCCACGCAGGAGAUUACACCUGCUACACAGACAUCGCUGGACAGCGUGUAUCCAGCGAGCAGAGUACGGUAGUGGUCGAAUAUGCUCCCAAGAUUUCUGUUUCCACCGUGACACUGGUUAAGGAGUACGAUUCGGAAGUUACGCUCGAGUGUACGAUCGAUGCCAUGCCCACCCCGGACUACCAGUGGUACUAUCAAACGCUAGAUCAGGCUGAAGCGCCACAGCUGUACGAAAGCACCGACAACACGAUCACCUUUCCAAUGACUCCCGAGCAAUCCGGAUUGUACGUGUGCGAGGGUAAAAACACGUACGGAUUUGGCAAGCAAACGUUUGUCGUGGAAGGUGCUGCGAAUGCACCUCCCGUCAUCCAGAAACCAGCGGAAUCAACCAUCUACGUAGCUCCCGGAUCUUCGAUCACGCUCGACUGUGUGUGCGAGCUGUGCCAACCGCUCAACGAGUACAUCUGGACCAGCCAGCUCGGAUCGUUCGAAAGCAGUCCGGAAAAAGCGAUCGACAACGUUCGGGUGGUGCUCGAUAACGAUCAAUCACGCAAUGCCGUCCGGUAUCGGCUCACGAUCGACAACUUCCGGGAACAGAACGUGGCCAGCUACACGUGUAUCUUUUCCAACCAGCACGGUGCCGAUGCUAUGAUCCUGCAGCUACGAAUGAUGGUUCCACCGGAGGUGGACACAAUGAUGAUCGACGGUGACGCGAUAGCAUCCGGAACAAAGCUCUACAGAGCACCAGGACAAGCGAGUGGACUAAGCUGUGAGGUGGUGGGACUUCCGGAACCCACCGUACAAUGGCACCGGGAUGGCAAACUUAUUACAGCCGAAAAUAGUGAGCUGCUGCAGUUUGAAAAUGAUAACAAAACUAUUCUCUUCAAAGAACCUUUCGGCGAGGCAGUUCAGGGUAGCUAUGAAUGUAGCGCGAGCAAUCCUCUUGGGCGAGUGUCUUCUACAGUGGAACUUCUCGUUGGCGAAGCUCCUGAAGCCUCUGCAACUGGCCGAAGGUUUGUGGAGAAGGUUGGAGAGUCAAUCGAGCUCGAAUGUGCAAUCACAGGCAAUCCCCAACCCGAGAUCAUGUGGGAACCGGAAGGAUCUUUUAAGGAUCCUACUCUGAGUCACCAAACGAUGCAAGUGUCUUAUGAAAAUGCUGGACUCUAUCAAUGUACCGGCACGAACGAGUUCGGUACGAUGAGCCAAAGCUUUACGAUCGAAGCGUAUGGACCUCCGGAGGUAAAGGGUCCUCUAGAUCUUUCGGUACAGUACGGUGCCAGCCAGGACGCGUUGUUGGAAUGUACUGGAUGGGGACUGCCAGAGCCAAAAGUUCACUGGAAAUUUAACGACGUUCCGCUCGAACUAGCUCCAAACAUGCAGAUUUCGAGUGACGGACUUCACAUCUCCAACAUAUCAUACUCGCAGGCGGGAAUCUAUAGCUGCGUCCUGGAGAACGAUCACGGAUCGUUGCAAAAAGUGCACUACGUUACUGUGCGUGAUGCGCCAAAAAUAACAUCCUCACUAGAGUCACACCUGACGCUGCUACCCAAUGAUACGGCUCGGUUUGAAUGCUCCGGUACCGGUAGUCCACCGCCUACUGCUUCCUGGCUAUUCAACGGAACGACAAUCGUCAAUGAGAAAUCCCUUUACCUAGCAUACAGUAAUGCAUCCACAGGCACGUACACCUGCCAGCUCGAAAGUCCCGAAGGAACCGAUCGUCAAAAUAUGUUUGUCAAUGUGUUACGUCCUCCGCAAAGAGUUGGAGGGUCAAAUUUCACCAACAGUCUCACACCACUUAAAGUUCGCGCCGACGACACCCUUGUUCUAGCGUGCCCGUUCGAAAACUUCAACAGCCUUCUGUGGCAACUGAACGAACGCAACCUGGAAGAGUACUUCGAUCUUACCGAUGUAAAGUUGAAGGAAAAUAUGCUCAUCAUUGAUCGCAUACGAUCGCGCCAUCAAGGCACGUACACGUGCGUGGUACAGAACCGCGCCGGAACCGAUCGACAAUCGUUUGUGGUUGGUGUGUUAACACCACCAACCAUCCACCGGACGCACCCGGAAGAGCUGAGCGAUGAGUACGGUAAUGCGGUGGAUGAUGGUUGGGAUCGGCAGUGGAGACCGGACCGACCGGUAGACAGUGCGGUGGAAGUGAAUCUACUGUCCGGUGAAACGUUGCAGCUACUCUGUCAAGCGAGUGGUUCGCCGGAACCGAACGUAUACUGGAACCGUGGCACCGAUAUGGCGAGGAUCGUAUCGCAAACGUACAAUCUUACCAUUCCGAACGUUGCGAAUCAUCAUAGCGAUCUGUACACGUGUGUGGCGGAGAAUGAGCUCGGUAAAUCGACACAGGUCUACCGGCUGGAUGUGAUGACGGCGCCACAGUUUUACGAUGAACCGGUACAGUCGAUCGAAGUUUUCGUUGGGGAUGAUCUGCAGCUGGACUGUGAGAUGCAGUCCAAUCCGCCCGCUUCCUAUCAGUGGCUAAAGGAAGACAUUGCCAUCGAAGAGUUCAACACGAUCCUCGAGUUUGUCAACAUUCAACCUCAAGAUACCGGAAUGUACCACUGCGAGGCGGAGAACAUUUUUGGUCAGAACAAAAAAUCCUUCAAAGUGUUAGUCUACCAACCGGCGGAAAUAACAAGGUUCUCCUCAAAUCAAACCCUACUUGCCGGCAACAACAUCGAGCUGGACUGCGAGGCUAUCGGCAAUCCCAUCCCGGUCGUCAGCAUCAUCCAUCGGGGAGAGGUGUUAGCUUCCACGGCCGAUCUCGAAGCACCGGCCAUGGAGAUGGAUCGCCAGUAUCGCGUAAAGAACAAUUUCUACAAAAGCCUCCAGCUGUACAGCUUUUUCGCCGUGCGUACUUCACCGUUCGAAAUUCGAUUCUCGCUACGCCAACCGAAAGCCACCCUGCUGGACAAGGGCAAAUAUUUGUGCAUGGCACAGAAUGCAAUCGGGUUCGAUGAGCGCCUGGCGCGACUGGACAUAAUGGUGCCUCCGUACGUCCAGAUGGAUAAGCUUAAAACGGUAGACGAAACAGUGCGGCUGCUGGAAGGAUUACCACUGUUCCUAUUUUGUCCGAUCGAAGGCACACCGAAGCCAACGAUCGGAUGGUACCGGAACGGUAAUCGGCUGAAGAGUACCGUCAGCACGCUAUUCCUCCCAUCGGUACAGUUGCGCGAUGCUGGCACGUACGUUUGCUUCGGUGAAAACCCGGUUGGUAAGACGGAACUCCAGUUCGAGGUGGACGUGCUGGUACCGCCGUCGAUCAUCAGCAGCGUGCUGUACGGUGAAAGCUACCUGUCUGCCGAUCAACCGGAUCAGGAAGAGAUAUCCCUGCUGGCGGGCGAUAACGUUACGCUGGACUGUUCAAGCCUCGGCCAUCCCGUGCCGGAGGUACACUGGAUGAAGGUGGACUAUCUGGACGAACGGCAGAAUGUGCUGCUGCCCACGCGGGACCCACUCAUCGACCUGUACAACAUCGGCAGUACCGUCACGUACUCGUGCUUCGUCAACAAUACGGCCGGAUCGGCCCAGAAACUGUUCCAUCUGGUAGUGCAGGCGGCUCCGAGAUGGAAAUCCGGCCCGGAGUACGAGUACGAGCAGCGGGUCUCGCUACAUCACAGCCUGGAUUUGACCUGCGAAACGAAUGGUUCGCCGGAAGCAUCCGUGUCGUGGUUGAAAGAUGGUCACCAGCUGGGCAAACACGACGAGGGCUUUUUCUUCGGUGUGAACGGACAAACUUUACGCCUGCUGGCGGCCAAACUGACGGACGCCGGAACCUAUCAAUGUGAGGCAAGCAACGCGCUCGGUCAGAUUAGCCGAGAGUUCCACGUGACGAUCGAUGUGCCGGUAAGUUGGUCCCCGUGGGGUGCUUGGUCUGCGUGCAGCGCCACCUGCGGAACCGGUACCCAGUUCCGAUCGCGCAUCUGCCUGCUGGUCAAUGGAUCGCCUGCCCACGGCGAACGGUUCAACUGUGUCGGUGAAAACGUGGAGAUUAAGCCCUGCGAAUUGCUGCCCUGCCCUGUGAACGGUGGUUGGGGCAGAUGGAGCGCCUGGAGCAACUGUACGCUGGCGUGCGUGCACGAGUACAGUGGCGUCCGUUCGGUACGCCAUCGAAAUCGGACAUGUAAUUCACCGGCCCCGUCACUCGGUGGUAAAAUGUGCGUCGGCGAAGAGUACGAAGAGGAACCUUGCCAAGUGAAGUAUUGUCCGGUCGAUGGUGGUUGGACGCGUUGGACCAACUGGACCGUUUGUAGUGGAUCGUGCGGAGUUGGGCAUAGCUUGCGGUUGCGAAGCUGCUCCAAUCCCGUCCCACGUCACGGUGGUCGUCAGUGUGAGGGUUCAGAGCAUGAGGUGAAAACGUGCAAGUUGCAGGAAUGCCGCGUAGACGGCGGUUGGUCCGAGUGGACCGAAUGGAGUCCGUGCAGCAAACCGUGUGGCGAGGGCUUCACAACUCGCAAACGCUUCUGUAACAAUCCUGCGCCGAAAGCGGGUGGUAGCAGGUGUGUGGGAGAAAAUUUUGAGCAAGCUCGAUGUCUCACGAAGAAGUGCCGCAACGAUGCGCUGGUGAGGACUGGCAAUACGAAGAAGCUCUAUACACCGUAUGUGUCGUACGAAACAAGGAACCCUGGCGGUCGGUCGCGAUCGAACGAAGUCGACAGUGUCGAGUACGAGGAUCAGGACUCGGGACAUCAGGAUCAGGAUAUUACGGUGGUGCGCAACUAUCAGUACGCUGAGGCACCUCCGAUGGAGUAUGUGGACGUUGGUGUUCCCGAAAAGAUGAGCAUUACGGUGAAGCUGCUAAACUCCGUACGACUGUCGAAUGAUACGGCCGGCUUUAGCCUUAACUUUGGCAAUCCAACAAUCGCCCUACCGGCCACUGUAACCUGCACGGAAGGGUACGUGUACAGUGCGUUGCACGAUACCUGUACCGAUGUGGACGAGUGCGCAGACGGUCGGGUCUGUGCCCGGGUUGGACAGUACUGCAUCAAUACGGUGGGCAGUUUCGAGUGUGAAUGCAUUCCCGGCUAUCGUCCGGUGACGUCCCAAACCGAACGGUACGAUGGCUCGAUCCUGCAGGACAUGCAGUGCGUCGAUGUAAACGAGUGUCGCGAAAAAACGCACGAAUGUUCCCACUUCUGCACGAACGUCCCGGGAAGCUACGAGUGCUACUGUCCCGAUCGGUACCUGCUCGGCAAGGACGGCAAAACGUGCAGCAUCAAGCGGAAGCGCAACGAACCGGUACGCGUAAUGCCACGGUGUCGGGAAGGCUACCAGUGGGAGGAUGGCCAGUGUCAGGACAUUGACGAGUGUGCCCUGCAAUCGGACGAAUGUGGUGAAGCUUUUGCCUGCAUAAACACGCGCGGUGGCUACCUGUGCGUACCGACCGACUGUCCGCCCGAGUACGAGCUGGACAGUGAGGGUGAACUGUGCACGCUGAACUGUACGCACGGUGCGCAGCUUUGUCCGGAUGGGGCCACCGUUGGGCAAACGGUUUCACAUACGAUCAUCACGCUCGAUCGCUUCCUGCCCAAGCAACCGUUGGCCGUCGUAUCGAUCCCUGCCGUGCAGCGGUUGACUGGGCCGGAACCGGACACACGUUUCGCUUUCCGCGGUCGACGGUAUGGGAACAUUUUUGCGCUGGAAACAAUGCGCAAAACGUCCGGUGCGGUACGUGUGUACGCAAAUUCGAAUCUACAGCGCGGCAAGCUGUACAAGCUAAACUUGGUGGCCAAAUCAUCGCGUAGACGGCGGCUAGAGUUUGUACAUCUUUUCGUGCUUCACGUGUACUGGAUUGAGUAGGAAUCGGAGUCGGGGAACACUAUGCCCAACCAUGGACAUUAGGCAUUAAUUUAAACACAUUGCCAUUUAAUUAAUCUCCCGAAUACAUUUAGGCAGGGUAACGUUUGCAGUGAAAACAUAGACGCGAACUCUAUCGUAGAUUCCUAGCAACUAAGCGCUUCGCCAUGAUCGUCUUUUAAAUUUCAGCUCUUUUCGGGCCUUAACGAAGCUACUCUGUCCUGAAUAAGGUCCUCACGACAGAGAUUUGCUCACUCACAUAUCCUUUUGUCAGUACUGAGAUCAAUAUUGGAAGUCUUCUCGAAAGAUGGCGCUGACCCUUAAUUUCACACCUAUAAAGCUUCGAUUUUCGAUUGCUGAUCGGCGUUAGCUGUAGGACCUUUCUAUCUGCAGCCCAGAGUUAGGUGACCAAAAAACUGUCCCUAUUGCAUCGUUGUAAAAUUUGAAUCGGCCAUCAGGAAGUGCCUCACCAUAGCCAAGCGAAAGGUUGUCGACUGUUUUGACCAUAGCUGCUCCUGUAUUUGGCUGGCUGUAUAUGUAAAGACAUUACACAGAAGACGAUAAAUAGUUGGGCAAUUCACUUGGAACCACAGCGUGCGUCUAGUGCUUUUAAUGCACGUCUAGUUAGUAGCCCUAGUUAAUAGCUAGUUGCAAGCAAGUUUAGCAUUCCCAAUAAAAGAUACACACACAGCAA